UAAAAACUUCAGGGUUACUCAGUAACUCACUGACGUUGUACCAAACAACAUACAAUGGCCGCUAAGUUUGUCGUUCUCGCUUUGUUCGUUGCGGCUGCGCACGGCAGCGCCAGCCAUGGUGACUACACCAGCUUCUCAUACGGAGUGGCGGACCCGCACACCGGGGAUGUGAAGAGCCAGCAGGAGACACGCGUCGGCGAUAGCGUGGUGGGCCAAUACUCACUGCUGGAGGCUGACGGCCACCGCCGCACUGUCGACUACGCCGCUAACGCUCACUCCGGUUUCAACGCUGUGGUGCGCAGAGAGCCUGCUCUGAUUGCCCACUCCGCUCCCGUUGCCCACGCCGCUCCCCUGGCGUACGCUGCACGUGUCGCUCCUGUAGCGUACGGUGCCCAUGCUGCUCCUCUGGCAUACGCCGCCCGAGUCGCUCCCGUAGCGUACGCUGCCCACGCCGCUCCUCUCGCGGUAACCGCUCAAGUCGCCCCUGCCUCCGUGUCAUACUCCGCGCACAGCAGCUCUGUUGCCCACGCCUCUCCUCUUGCGUAUGCUUCCUAUGGUGCUCACACCCCUCGUCUGGCGUAUGCAGCCCCCAUCGCCCGUGCUGUCGUCUCUCCUCUGGCUUACAGCACAUACGCUGCUCCCCUGACCCACAGCGCCGUUGCCUACGGUGCUCCUGGUGCGUACUCCGCUUACGGACACGGCGCUCGUUUGGGCUGGUGAAUAUAGUAUGAAAUUAUUCGGACCAAAGUUUAAUAUUGUUUAAGAAGUCAAUAAAUUAAUUGA